ACAUCUGGAAUAGUAGCCACAGAGGAAGAAGUCGAGAGAGAAGCAGAACCUCGCUGAUACUUGUCCCAACUCUUCACCUCAGCACUCCCUCUUUUUUUUUUACGGAUACAAACCUCUUGCUUUGCCUACUUACCUACUUGAAAAAAUGCUGCUCUUCCUGCUCGGAGUGCUUAUUUUGCACCUUAUCAUUCUCAUUCUUCUCAUUGUGUCGACAGCAGCCAGUGCCUGGUCUGUAGGUGGGGAUAGGACCACAGAUCUAUGGUACAGUUGCAUGACAACUAAUGGAGGCUACCACUGCAAGCCAGCCAGCAAUGAAGACUGGAUCCAGGCGGUGCAAGCCCUCAUGAUCCUCUCCCUGCUCUUCUGCUUCUUCUCCCUCAUUGCAUUCGUGUUUCAGCUGUUCAAACUGGUCAAGGGCGGACGUUUCUACUUCACCGCCAUCUUCCAGAUCUUGGCAAGUGUGUUCGUGAUGUGCGGGGCGAUCAUCUACACCGUCAUGAGUCCGGAUGAUGGAUCCGGCGCACAAUUCGGCUACGCCUAUGUGCUGGCCUGGGUGGCUUUCCCUCUGUGUCUCAUCAGUGGCCUCAUUUAUAUCGUCCUGAGGAAGAAAGAAUGAGAGAGAGCAGAGAGCAGAGAAGAAAAGAGGAGGGGUAGUUAGGUGAACCCUUAGAACAACAUCGCACUGUGCCUACUGCCCACAGACCAUUGACUGACAUCCCAACAUUACAACAAAAGUGCAUGUGUCACCAAUCAUUUUAAACACAACAUUGAGACAUUCAUAACAGCUGGGGAUUCAUUUUUGCUGUAUGUCAGUAUCCACUAUAUCCCCAUCACAGGCAGAAAAAUAUCACACCCAAUUGCUUUAUCGAUUUUAGUGUCACUACUCAUGUUACCUGCAGUGACAGAUUGUCUUCAAAAUGUGUUUAUAAAUGUGUUGGCGACAGAUUGAUUUUUUUGUUGCAUGCUUCCACAAAUCCAUCAUGUGGGAUAAAAAAGACGAGUAAUCUCUGCCUUGCUUCAGUACAAAGAUGUACAUAGUGUCUGUGGUUUUUAGACAUAUUUAUAACAUUUUUACAUACAUUUUGUACAUAGUGUUGUCAAGUUAACAUUGUCAUGCUCCUUUACGUGAUAGAGUUUUUUGUCUCUCACAAAUCAUGCAGCUGUGCCAAAGAGAUGUCCCUUAACCUGCCUGGAGUAUCAAGCUUUUUUUAAAUUGUCUUUUUCUUUUGAGUGUCCAAUGGUCCAAUGCUUUGAAUUAAGUGCCUUACUUAGAAUAUCUGUGUUGUUCUUGAAGGAAAAUCAUAAAUGAAUAAAAAGAAUAACAAUAAGAAGUCUUAAUAAACUCAUGAAGUUUUUUUGAAUUAUCAUUGUACUUGAUAUGUCAAUUACAUUCUUUUUUUGCAUUUUGUAAUCUAGUUUUGAAAAAUGGUGCUUUUUAUCUACUUUUCUUGAAAUGUAUAGCCUACUUUGUGUUGCAGAUGUGUCAUGUCCUGUGAUUAAUUUGCUUUGUACAAACCCCAGUUUGCAUUUUUGUCAGUAUUCUUCUAAAUAAACCCUUUGA